AUGACCACCUACUGCGAGCGGCCCAUCAUCUUCCCGCUGUCCAACCCGACCAGCAAGGCGGAGGUCACACCGGACGAGGCGUACAGGUGGACCAACGGAAAGGCGAUCAUCGCCUCGGGAAGCCCGUUCCCGGAGACCGUUAUUAACGGAAAGACACUCAGGCCCUCCCAGGGCAAUAAUUUCUACGUCUUCCCGGGUAUCGGUCUGGGUUGUGCUCUCUCCCGUCCCCGGUAUAUUCCGGAUGCGCUUUUAAUAGCAGGAGCCCUCAGUUUAUAUCAUCUGACAACUAACGAACAGCUUCAGGAUGGGUAUUUAUAUCCUCCGUUGACCGAUAUCAGAGAUAUUUCAGCGCAGAUUGCUGCUGAUGUUAUUUUGGAAGCUCAAAAGCUUAAAAUUGAUGGGGCUAAAGAUUUUCCUUCUAAACGCAGUGAAAUUUUGCUUAAGGUAAAAAAAAUUCAAUGGUCUCCUACAUAUUCAGGAGAAAUUCCUAUUAACUAG